AUGUGCCUGUUGACUAUUUGUAUAUCUUCUUUUGUGAAGUGUUCAAUUCUUUGGGGGGAUGGGUAUUCUUUAAAGCUUUCAAUAUUUACUACCUUUCUAAAGUUAUAUCAGUUUAUUAUUUUCCUGCCAGCAGUAUAUGAAAAUGCCUGUUUCAUUAUUGUUAGUUUCCAUGUUCCCAUGCUUAUGGUAAUUCAACAAUGGAAGAAUGGAAGUAUAAUUUUCUUUGGCACUUUUUAUUCAAUAUCCUUUCUAACUGUCCAUAAAAUAUUGUCUUACAGAAAAAUGGCUAAUGGACAAGACCGGGUAAUUACUCUAGUGGACAUGGACUGUUUUUUUGUUCAAGUGGAACAGCGGCAAAAUCCUCAUUUGAGGAAUAAACCUUGUGCAGUUGUACAGUACAAAUCAUGGAAGGGUGGUGGAAUCGUUGCAGUAAGUUAUGAAGCUCGUGCAUUUGGGGUCACUAGAAACAUGUGGGCAGAUGAUGCUAAGAAGUUAUGUCCAGAUCUUCUACUGGCACAAGUUCGUGAGUCCCAUGGAAAAGCUAACCUCGCCAAGUACCGGGAAGCCAGUGUGGAAGUGAUGGAGGUAAUGUCUCGUUUUGCUGUGAUUGAACGUGCCAGCAUUGAUGAGGCUUAUGUAGACCUGACCAGUGCUGUACAAGAGAGACUGCAAAAGCUCCAAGGUCAGCCUCUGUCAGCAGACUUAUUGCCAACCACCUACAUUGAAGGGUUGCCCCAAAGCCCUACAACAGCAGAAGGGACUGUUCAGAAAGAGGAAAUGCGAAAACAAGGCUUAUUGCAAUGGCUUGAUUCUCUUCAGACUGAUAACACCACCUCUCCAGACCUACAGCUCACUGUGGGAGCAGUGAUCGUGGAGGAAAUGAGAGCAGCCAUAGAGAGGCAGACUGGUUUUCAGUGUUCAGCCGGGAUUUCACACAAUAAGGUUCUGGCAAAGCUGGCCUGUGGACUAAACAAGCCCAACCGGCAGACCCUGGUCUCACAUGGGUCAGUCCCACAGCUCUUCAGCCAAGUGCCUAUUAGCAAAGUCCGUAAUCUUGGAGGAAAGCUAGGGGCUUCUGUCAUUGAAAUCCUGGGGGUAGAAUACAUGGGAGAACUGACCCAGUUCACUGAAUCCCAGCUCCAGAGUCAUUUCGGGGAGAAGAAUGGAUCUUGGCUAUAUGCCAUGUGCCGGGGGAUUGAACAUGAUCCAGUUAAACCCAGGCAAAUACCCAAAACCAUUGGCUGCAGCAAGAACUUCCCAGGAAAAACAGCUCUGGCUGCUCGGGAACAGGUACAAUGGUGGCUUUUGCAAUUAGCCCAGGAACUAGAGGAGAGGCUAAUCAAGGACCGAAAUGAUAAUGACAGGGUGGCCACUCAGUUGGUCGUGAGCAUUCGCGUACAAGGAGACAAACGUCUCAGCAGCCUGCGCCGCUGCUGUGCCCUUACUCGCUAUGAUGCUCACAAGAUGAGCCAUGAUGCAUUUGCUGUCAUCAGGAACUGUAACACUUCAGGAACCCAAACUGAAUGGUCCCCUCCCCUUAAAAUGGUUUUCCUCUGUGCUACCAAAUUCUCUGCCUCUGCCCCUUCACCUGGCACAGACAUCACCAUCUUCUUGAGCAGUGACCCAAGCUCUCCGUCAAAGGUGCCAAUUACCAGUUCAGAAGCUAAGACCCAGGAAAAUGGCCCAGCGGUGACAACCACUAAGAAAUCAACCAUUUCUCUGGCAUCAUUCUUCCAGAAAGCUGCAGAAAAGCAGAAAGUCAAAGAAGCUUCACUUUCUUCUCUUACUGCCACUACACAGGCCCCCAUAAGCAAUUCACCCUUCAAGCCCUCGUUACCUUUCCAAACCAGUCGUGCUUCAGGAACUGAGCCCUUCUUUAAACAGAAGAGUCUGCUGCUAAAGCAGAAACGGCUUACUAAUGUUUUCUUCCCUCCACAAAAACCACAGUCCAGUCCUAAAGAGUUACCAAAUUGUUUUCCAACAGAGUGUCCAGAUUGUGCCCCUGUCUGUGAAAAGGUGUUGAAGCUAGGAUCCUUCAAAGCAACUCCUGCAGAGAUGGAUUUGGCCCAGAACAGCCUAAGCAGCCUUGCUUCUUUAACUUCCAAGUCUGCUCUGGAGGUGGCUCAGAAGGCAUCUACUACCUCCAGUCUUCUGGCUGCUGAGGACCAAGUGCCCUGUGAGAAGUGUGGCUCUCUGAUACCUGUAUGGGAGAUGCCAGAACAUACAGACUAUCAUUUUGCAUUGGACUUGCAGAAAUCCUUUUUGCAGCCCCACUCAAACCCCCAGGUUGCUCCUGCCAGUUCUCCUCAAGGCAAAAGAAAUCCCAAGAGCCCUUUGGCCUCCAAAAAUAAACGCCCUAGGCCUGAGGGCAUGCAGACAUUGGAAUCAUUUUUUAAGCCAUUAACACACUAG